AUGGCAUCAAGCUCUGUCACGUCGGCGGCACGUGGGUUUUACUCAUCCUGGACAAAAAAAGAAAACAAGAAAUUUGAGGAGGCAUUAGCCUACUAUGACCAGGACACACCAGACCGUUUUGAGAAGGUAGCGAGGGCUGUUGGUGGUGGGAAAACAGCUGAGGAAGCAAGAAGACUCUAUGAGCUACUCGUGCGAGAUGUCAAGAAAAUAGAAGCUGGUCAAGUCCAAAUACCCCUCUACAAGAACGUGGGUUGUAAUGGCAGAGGGUAUGCUGACCAGAAGAGUAAAAUGUUCACGAAGUCGGUUAAGCUACGAAGCUUAUUCAUGCGUGAGAAAAUCCAAGACCGCUUGAGGAGAAAUGUAUUCGCCGACGACUAA